CUUCCAUCGAGCCGACCGUUGUUAUUUAAAACAGUAGAUUGUCUCCCGAUUCCGUACGGUCCAUCCACAUAUAGUCUCGUUCUCCCAGCAGCAGCACUACACAAAUCCUGGUCAUGGAGCACAUCACGGAGUCACCGGAAAGGUAUAAUCUCCGCAAAGCACUGACCCUGAUGGAGAGGGACAUCAAACGCUUAGAAGAUACGGGAACACAUACUCUCGGCCAAAGCACAUUGAAGCGGCAGAAGAUCCGAACGCUGCCUCUGUCUCUUGAUGGCAAUGACUCACUGAUGCCGAGGUUUUUCGCCCCUUUCAAGUCUCCCAACUUUCCAGAGCCCACAGAAGAAUACGUCGAUAGAGAGUACAAUACCAGCCGAAUCACCCUUUCCAGCGAAUAUGGACGCUUGAUCAAUAUCUAUUUCUCGACCUACAUUCGCAGGUUGAUGAGCGACUUCCCUGAGAUCCGGCAAACAUGGUCAAGCAACCAGAUCGGCGACUACAACUUCGGGGACCUUUACCGGUCAUUCGAGCCGGAAUUUGGCACGUUAUUGAUCUUCCAUGUGGUUAAUGGCGUGAAGCCGCAUAUCAAAUGUAUCAUGCACAAUGACCUAGAGGUCGAUGAUGAUCACUUACUCCGCGGAGAAGUCUUGACCAUUGUUCGCAUCAUGCUGGGUCAACUCAAACAGAAGGUUUAUGUCAAUGACAUGGUUGCGCCGGUUCUCCUGUUUUCCCUGAACCGCCGGCAUCCGCGUGUUAUCGAGGCCUACUUUGAUGGUUAUGAACUGGUGAUACGUUAUACAAAGGCUUAUGACUUCACGUUUAUGAAUGCAGCGGGGUUCAAGAUCUUUGCACAAUGGUGGGUGGGCAAUCCUGUCGGGGAUACAUCCAAGAGAGGGAUUCGGGCAUGAUUGUCCCUAGGCGCGGUUGGGUGAUAAUGGCGCUUGCUAGGUGAUCGUGAUUUUCGUGGUCUUCAGAUGGUUUAAUCGGAGUUGAUCUAAAUUUUUAGUAUCUGAGUUCGUCACUCAGACAUAUCAUAUCCUCUCAUCAAAUUUCU